AUGGAGAUUCCACUGGAUACACCGAGUUCUCUGAAGCGGAAAAGGGCCCUGUUAGCCUGCAUCCCCUGUAGGGAGCGCAAACGAAAGUGCGAUGGGCGGGACCCAUGUUGUACAUGCACCUCAUGGGGUUACGACUGUUAUUACCUGGCGCGCCGACCUAGGUCCCGCAAAACAAGGGCUUCUACCCCGGAUCCCCAACCCAGGCCCCGGUCUCCACCCCAGGAAACCUCUGGUCCGAACAUUGUCGAGGCCGUUGAGGCCGACCGUGGUGGACUGGUGAGACGCCUGGAGGCCAAUUCAGGGGCUGCAUUUGUCAGGAAGCUUGGCCUCAAAAUCGACCCUGCCAAAGCACCCAAGCUCAAUCUGUUCAGCUGGAAUAUUGGCACCAGGCAACCGGCAUCUCCAAUCACUUCGUCUUCAGCUAUACCGAUUGUAGAGAUCACGUCGCUUGACCACAUGAGGGCUAUGGCCCAGGUUUAUUUUGAGAAAGUCCAUCCAUGUUAUGGAUUCAUCGACCGGGAUGAUUUUUUCGAUCGACUAGAUCUGCGUUGGAAAUCUCCGCUUCUUUGGGACUUAUACGAUAGCACAUUAGCUGGUGUUGCGGCUCUUGGGUGUUUGUUCUCGCUGCGAGAUGCUACAAUCACGGAGCUACAUCUUAUUCGGACAGCUCGCACGGUGCUAGACAUGCAGCAUCUUUCUGGUCCUCCUUCGAUCGAUCUAUUGACGGGAUGGAUCCUGCGGUCUAUCUACCUGCGGAUGACAGACUCGCCACAUUCCACGUGGAUUGCGAGUUCGACGUUAAUGCACCUUGUGGAAGCAUCGGGACUCCACCCAGAAUCACAUUCGGUCCUGCCACCAAGAGUACAGUGCGAUCCGGAUAUUCAAAGACGGCUCGUUGGUGUUGCGCACCAUUUGAACGUGUGGACUUCUUAUGAUCUCGGUCUUUCCCGAGUGUCUUUCCAGAAAAACGAUCUCCCGGCGCUUCCAUCUCCAAAGCCCGGUGACUGUACAGUUGAGGUUCUCCGACUCCUCCCAGUGUCCGUCAGCCUUGACCCAGGCAAAUCGAGAGAUGAGGCAGAUCUCACAUCCACACUUUCCAGCCUUCUUGACGGAACUCACACCCAACCACCAUCUGUCAUGGCACAGUGUAACCUCGUUCUCUGUAUCCUCCGGCGCAUCCAUACCCAAAAUCUUGAUAUCCCUUCCGAGCUCGCGGCGAAGGUGUUGCGACUCUUGAAGAAAGGACUAGGCUGCGCGCGAAGUAUGGUCAUGGACUGCUCUCCUUGGCAUCAAGUUGCCAACGUGCCUUUUCACAUCAUCUGCGUGCUUCUUGUCAUGGACACACGUUCGUCUCUUGCCAUGCUCCCAGAGGCAAUGCAGACCGUGGGGCUAGUUGCUUCCACUUAUGAUACUGAAACGAUGAGGGAGGCUUACAGCACAGCCUGCUUGCUUGUAAUGCUGCAUCAACAACGAAGGAAGGACGAUCUAGCGGUUUUUGGCGAGGCCCUCAACGUGCAUCAGCAAGAAAGACCGCUCGAAUCGCCGCCGCAACUCGAUCCUAGCUCCGAGGAAUAUUCAUGGCUGGGAGCUCUUGUAGCUGAUUUGCCUGGUCUUCAAAGGAUUGAUCUUGACCAGUUUCUGAACGCAGAUAUGAUCGAUACGUCAUUAUUUAGUGGACCUUGA